UCUAUGGUAUGAACACAUUGUGUUUUUGUAUGUUAUUGCUAACAAUACAUUUUUGUCUAAGGAGAAAAUGUCCAAAAUAGUAAACCCUUAGCAUAAAUAACAUUGCAUUUGUUUCGUACAUUUCAAACAAUUCGAUCGCCAUACUAGAAAUGACUUGAAUAGCAGUUAUAAUGUGGGAAGAGCAGUCGAUGGGGUCCCAAACUUUGGAAAUUUUGAGACAAGGAGUUUGGGCGUCGAUAACAGGGGGCUGGUUUUACGACCCGAGUCAAGAUGUAUUCAGCAACACGGCUCACUUAUAUAUUUGGAUGUUUCUAUUGUGCCUACCCUUUUCGAUAUAUGUAUAUCUGCCGCCGAACAAAGCUGUAUGGUACGUUUAUUGUUCUUUGGUUGCCAUCGCAUUUGCGUUCGUUAAGUUUGCCAACUAUUAUUUGCAUCACGUCUACGAUACCAAAGAAUGUGUCAGGGAGUUUACGUCCGCAAAUGGCCAAAAAAGGGAGGAAGAGGGCAUCGAACUGCAAGAUCUGUCCUCCAAAAGCAGCAACAAAACCGUCGAUUUAGCGAACAUUGCUUUUGUGCUGAGUAAUAGGACCGAUACGGAUAUCGAACUGCAGGACAUGUCCGGUAGGACGGGGCAAAAUCAACCCUCGUCUUCCUUGCCCGGCUUCGAUGAAGUUAGAAUCAUACCCAGCACCGAUAGCCUGGAAUCCACCGAACUGCACCCGCUGGACACUGUUGUCGAUUGCGAGAAAAAGUUUCCCGGCACCAUAGACCUAAAAGUUGAAGUUCAUAGGAAAAACUCUUCGGAGAGCAGCGAAGCCGGUAUAGCGACUCUGGAAACUAACACGUCAGAGAGGCACAAAGAGCCGGUUUCGGUUGCCGAUUCCUGCGAUCAGGAUAACGUUCUUCCUGGUGGCGCGGGCAGGAGGCAUUCCAAUUUUGCGGGCAGCAGCCCGAACUUCUUGCCCGUGACCGCCGAAACGGAUAUCAAAGCGACCGGUUCGUUGGAAUUGGCUUACGUCGAUAUGAACCCGAACCAAGCUUUGACCUCUGAAAACUUCUUUAAGAGGGUGAGAAGGUUCAAGUCCGCCGCCCUGGAGGUUUGUUGUCCUCCGCCCACGUUACAAGCCCAUCCCAACAGCUUGGAGGUAAUAGGAUGCAAGAACGGGAAAAAUCCGCUGCCGCCCCCGAGCACUAGCUUGGUGAGGAAUCAGCAUUUGAAUUUGUGCCCCUAUUACGGCUCGGAGAUCGUGUAUCCCAUAGCGGAACAAUCGGACGAGCAUCAGACCUCGCACGGUCCGGACACUGACGUAGAGUCCGUCACUCACGUUUCUGAUUCGGACUAUGAAGAAAACAAUCAAGCCAGUCGAUCGCCUCUUCUGUGUGUCAAGUUUAAAAAAACCACCGACGUGCCUUACACCGAUGACCAGCAAACCGAGGACGGCACCGUGGAACAGGGGGUAUCGAAAAGCGUGCUCGAUAUGGCCAGCACGUCGUUCAUCAGUGCCGAAUUUGAUGAGGGAAAACAGUCGGGCGGUAAUCGGGAAAUCGGCAUUGUGAGAAAGAAAAACGUGAAAAAGAAUAAAAGAAGGAGGACCAAUAUCAAGGCUGAGGAGGCGUUGAAUUGCUCCAGCUUGGCGGAACUGGACCUCGAAUGGUUGUUCGAAAAUGAGGGCAACAAAUUGACGAAUCGAAAAGAACCCUUGAGGAAGGAUCGAUCAGGUACCGUGUCCAUAUCCCUGGAGCAGGACGUGAGCAAAGUUUUGCACGAAACUUUGCCGGUGAACAGCGGCCCCAACUUGUCUCGAAAGAAAUCCCUGACCAAUUCGAGGGAUUUGGAGAGGAAAACGCCCAAGAGUGAGUCGGAAAAAUGCAGGGCUUGCAGCAGAUCCAAGGCCGACGUUGUCGAUGCGAAAAGUAAAUCUUUAAAGGAGAACAAGGUGACGCAAACGGUGCCGAUUAAAGACAGCGUUAGUCUGGAAGACUUGGACGCGAUUCCCACGUCAUCGUUUAAGAUAACCAAAUCGAACACGCCCCGCAAAGGAUCUCAAAAGUCGUACCUGUGUAAAAACGAGGAAGCGUCCUCUAGCGGCUCGAACAACGAGCUCAGCACAUUAUUGCCGCCUACCGCGCCGCCUCUUUUGUCGGCGCUGUUGAACUCUAAAAAAGACGGUCCAUCUACUAGUUCGUUUCAAGAUAACGCGACGCCGCAACAGAGCCAAAGGCCGCGACCGAGAAGAACGAGGGUGUCCAGGAAACGGUCUGCGGCGAAGAGAGACAACGCGAUCGCCACCUCCUUGUCCGCCGGGUACGGCACCCACAGCGCCAAAAAUUUCAACGACACCAGCGACGGGGCGGUGCACUGUUUCACGGACGAGCACGGCAAUUUCGUCACUUACACGUUCGGCGACAAAGGGACUUCGCGUACGGGCAGCACCGAUUCCCUCGGCAGCAGUUCCGUGUCCACCAUAGUGGACACGAUGCGCCUGAGCAGCGUGGACUUUACGGCGGACCACCGAACCGCGGCGUCCGCGUCAAACAACUACGACCCGGUUACGGCUACGGAUUUCAUCGCGAAACUGGACGACGACCCUCCGAAGAACCAUUUCAGGUUCAUCAGGGUGAGCAAUCGCGAGCCGACCGUCAAAACUAAGACGUACUAUAAGGUGAAGGUGUUGCCGCGGAUCUUGCUGAAAGUGACCAUGGACCGUUUGAAGCUGCUCGCGUUGCUCGACCGCAACCUUACGUUGGGCGAGACCGGCGUUUCGUUCGCGCUAGGCGUCACGGUUGCCGUGCUGGGGGCGGUCCUGCUUCACCUCGACCUCUACAAAGACCUGCUCGCGUUCCUCUUCUGCUUCGUGAUCGCCGGCUGCCAGUACUCGUUGCUCAAGAGCGUCCAGCCGGACGCGGCGUCUCCUACCCACGGUUUCAACCGUCUCGUGGCCUACUCUAGACCCGUCUACUUUUGUUUGUUCUGCGCCAUCGUCCUCGUUUUACAUCACCACGCUCUCUCGUUGCCCAGGGACUUUUUCGCCACGUUCCUCCUGUUUUUCCCGUUCAUUUUCUCGCUGGGUUUGUUCCCGCAGAUCGACACGUUCGCGUCGUAUCUCCUCGAGCAAAUCGACGUGCACUUAUACGGCGGGAACGCCUCCUGCAGUCUAGUCGCGGCCGCUUACUGCGUCGCCCGUUCCACGUUCUCGGUCGUAUUGCUCGCCGGUUUGGCCUACAGCGGUCUGAGCGAGAGCAAAACGUCGCGGCAUCUCCUCUUUUCGAUAUUCUGCGCGUGUCUGGUGCCCGCGUGUUACCAUUUGAGUCGCUGCGCUAGCGACCCCGCCCACGUGUGGGACCUUAUCAAGACGCACAUGUGGUUGCCCGACGUCUAUGGCGAGGCGGUCGCCGAAAAGGACGACGUCGAAGAUCGCCCCGCGACUAAGGAGGAUUACGUCGAUCCCCUGCCUGCGAAAAUCAAGGAGACCCUGAACGGACGCUUGAAAAACGACGCGGUUACGUGCGCGGUGAUGUGCGUCGCGGUAUUCGCGAUACACGCCAGUACCGUGUUCUCUGUCCUGCAGCCCGAGCUGAACACGGUUCUGUGGUCCGUGGUGGGCGGUCUGGGCUUCGUGCUGCACUACGUCGUGCCGCAGAUGCGCAAGCAGCUGCCGUGGGUGUGCGUGGCCCGGCCCAUUUUCAGAUCGCACGAGUACACCCAGUACCAGAUCAGGCAGGCCGCCAGGAUUAUGUGGUUCGAACGGGUAUACGUGUAUCUUUGUUUCUUCGAGCGGAACAUCCUGUACCCGUUGGUGGCGCUUUCGGCGUUAACCGGGGAUUCUCCGAAAAUCGCACGCAAAUACGGCACCACCCUGGGCUCGUUCGUGACGGUGAUCUGCGCGAUGAAACUGCUCAGGAGCUCGUAUUCCGACCAAAGUUCCCAAUACCUAAUCGUCAGUUUUGCCGCGUUGUUUUUCAAUUACGACUACGCCGGUUUAGUGGACGUGUUCCUAAUUCAGUAUUUCUUGAUGAGCAUCGCGUAUCACAAGGUUUCGGAGUUCCUGCUCAAGAUCCAGUUCGUUAUAACGUACAUCGCGCCCUGGCAGAUAACCUGGGGCUCCGCCUUCCACGCGUUCGCGCAGCCAUUUUCCGUGCCCCAUUCGGCCAUGUUGUUCCUCCAGGCGGUGUUGUCUGCCGCGUUCUCCACCCCCCUGGCCCCGUUCCUGGGCAGCGCCAUUUUCCUAACCUCUUACGUGAGGCCCGUGAAGUUUUGGGAGAGGGAUUACAAUACGCGAAGGGUCGACCAUUCGAACACGCCCCUGUCGUCUCACCUGGACAGGAACUUGGGAGCGGACGACAAUAAUCUGAAUUCGAUAUUCUACGAGCACCUGACCAGAUCGUUGCAACGGUCGUUGUGCGGCGAUCUGGCCCUGGGACGUUGGGGACCGGUCGAUCAGGGCGACGUCUUCGUCAUGGCUUCCGAUUACCUCAACUGUUUGGUACACAUUGUCGAAACGGGCAACGGUCUGACGACGUUCCAGAUGCGCGGACUGGAGUUCAGAGGCACCUAUUGCCAACAGAGGGAGGUGGAGGCCAUCACCGAAGGCGUGGAGGAGAACGACGAAGGAUGCUGUUGCUGCGACACCGGCCAUUUGCCCAACAUGCUCAGCAUCAACGCCGCUUUCAGUCAAAGAUGGCUGGCGUGGGAGGUGACGUCUUCGAAGUACAUACUGGAGGGGUACAGCAUAUCUGACAACAGUGUGGCGUCGAUGUUGCAGGUCUUCGAGUUCCGCAGGGUCCUCAUAUCUUACUACGUAAAGAGUAUCAUUUUUUACACCGUACGCUCGGACAAGCUGGAGGACUGGCUGAAUUCCGAGAUAAUCAGCAAAACCCUGCGCUCGAUCUGGAAACCGAACUUCGUCGACCUCGAUCCGUUUUUCAAUUACAAAAUCGACGAAGACUACGACGUGCAGCACAACGGCAUGACCAAAGCGAUGUUCUUGCACGUGCACGGCGACUGGAUCCGCUAUUGUCUGGAGAAGAGGGGCAAGGUGGUGAUGAAGCAGCGCGUCAUCCUGCUGUGUUUCGCGCUGAGCCUGCUGGGCCGCAGGGCACUCGGCGCCGUCUCUCAGAACGUCGUGUCGAGCGUAGAGUUCUUCCUCUACGGUCUGCACGCCCUGUUCAAGGGAGAUUUUCGAAUCACCUGCGCGAGAGACGAAUGGGUGUUUACGGACAUGGACCUGUUAAGGACUGUGGUCGCCCCGGCGGUCAGGAUGUCCCUGAAACUUCACCAGGACCAUUUCAUGUCGCCGGACGAGUACGACGUGCUUCCCGCCCUUUACGACGCGAUCUGCAAGCACGAACAGGAGUUGGUGAUCUCGCACGAGGGCGACCCCGCGUGGCGGAACGCCGUACUGAGCGGCACGCCCAGUUUAUUGGCGCUGAGGCACGUGUUCGACGAAGGCAACGACGAGUAUAAAAUAAUAAUGUUAAACAAACGCUACCUGACCUUUCGGGUGAUCAAAGUAAACAAGGAGUGCGUGAGGGGUCUGUGGGCGGGGCAGCAACAGGAAUUGGUGUACCUGAGGAACCGGAAUCCGGAACGUGGCAGUAUACAGAACGCCAAGCAAGCGCUCCGGAACAUCAUCAAUUCUUCGUGCGAUCAGCCGAUCGGAUACCCCAUCUACGUAUCUCCGUUAACCACGAGCUACGUCGAAACCAACGAGCAGUACUGCUCGUUGGUCGGCGGUUCCGUCACGUUGAAAAAGAUUCGGAAUUUCAUCUUAGACCUGUUCAGGAGAAUCCGCAAGAGAUGCGUCGAGGGAUGCUCCAGUGGCGCCUCUAACCGUGAAGAGAUCGGUAUGGGUCACGAGGGAAUCUACGCUAUGAAUUCGGUUACGCUGCCAUCUGUCGGUGGCAAUCAGCCCGACAGCAUGGGCAGACGUUCGGGAAUGAGCAGGACGAAUUUGGGCGGAAACCGCGGCAGUUUCGCGUCGGUCGGCAAACCCACCAGCUCGACGCUGGUGAGCCUGGCGAGUCUGUUCAAAGAGCGAGACGAGCGGGCGGUAUCUCAAGCACCGGACGCGACCGCCAGGACGGACGAGCGCUUGGGAGACGCCGUCGACGGCGGCGACAAAGAUUUGAUAGCUCUCAGAGUGAAAAUCUGUGAUCCUAACCUAGUCUACGAUUGCAUUAACUUGGGUAGAAGGAUAGACGUGUCGUGGCCUACUGAAUAUAUGCGAUGUCGAGGAGGCCGAUCGUACUGGAAAGACUGGCUGCCGGAGGUGGGAAUGGAAGGGCCGGUCGUCCACAAGUGGGUUCCGUGUCAUCGAGACCCGAACAAAAGAUCCCACGUGGAUAGAACGAUUCUGCUGAUGCAAAUCGACGAUAAAUUCGUACCGAUCGCGGAGAGCGGGGUCCAGAUCCUGGGGCCCGACGUAUAGCCUUCGAUGCUCGGUGGCCGAGAGACCGGUUAACAAAUUGGAUAGUUUUUAAACACGUUGUACAUAAAAAGCUUCUUAAAGGAAAAUGAGAACGUUCGAAACUGAUGCCUUAACAAAGUAAUAGACUGAUUUUUUUAUGUUAUGUAGAUAUGCCCUUUUUUCGAGCAAUGUUAUUUAUACUUCUGAUUUGUAUAGUAUUAAAGUCAUUAAAGGAUUUGUUAC